GAUUAAAAAAAUAAAAAAGUUUUCAAACAAAUAGCAGGGAGGCGGAAACAGAACAGAGAGGUUUUUCUCUCUCUUUUUUUUUAGGGUUUUUGAUAGUUAGUGUGUGCGCGUGUGAAAUAGACAAAAUAAAAAUAAAAAAUGGCGAAUCCGAGAUGUUAUAUGGAUGUAAGUAUAGGUGGUGAAAUGGAAGGGAGGUUGGUUAUUGAAUUGUAUAAAGAUGUUGUCCCGAAAACUGCUGAGAAUUUUAGGGCUCUUUGUACUGGUGAAAAAGGGAUUGGUCCUAAUACUGGUGUUCCUCUUCAUCUCAAGGGCUCUUGUUUUCAUCGCGUUAUUAAAGGUUUUAUGAUUCAAGGUGGUGACAUAUCUGCUCGAAAUGGCACCGGAGGUGAAUCAAUUUAUGGUUUGAAAUUUGAAGAUGAGAAUUUUGAGUUGAAACAUGAAAGGAAAGGAAUGUUAUCCAUGGCCAAUUCUGGUCCUAAUACCAAUGGAUCACAGUUUUUCAUCACUACAACUCGCACUCCUCAUCUCGAUGGGAAACAUGUCGUGUUUGGCAGGGUAAUCAAAGGAAUGGGAGUAGUUCGUUCUGUUGAGCAUACCAUUACAGGAGAAAAUGACUUGCCCACUCUAGAUGUUAUCAUUGAAGAUUGUGGGGAACUACCCGAAGGAGCAGAUGAUGGGGUCUGUGACUUUUUCAAAGACGGUGACACUUAUCCUGAUUGGCCACUCGAUCUUGAUGAAAAACAUCAGGAAGUUUCUUGGUGGAUGACUGCUGUAGAUACCAUCAAAGGCUAUGGAAAUGAACAGUUUAAGAAACAAGAUUACAAAAGUGCUCUUAGAAAGUACCGCAAGGCUCUCCGUUACUUGGAUGUGUGCUGGGAGAAGGAAGAUAUUGAUGAAGGGAAAACGGAUUCUUUAAGGAAGACAAAGUCUCAGAUAUUUACUAACAGUUCUGCCUGCAAAUUGAAACUGGGAGACCUGAAAGGAGCAUUAUUGGAUGCGGAAUUUGCUCUUCGUGAAAUUGAUGAUAACGUUAAAGCUUUGUAUCGUCAAGGCCAGGCAUGUAUGGCACUCAACGACAUUGAUUCUGCAGUCGAAAGUUUCAAAAAAGCGCUGGUCUUGGAGCCAAAUGACGGCGGUAUAAAGAAGGAACUAGCUGCCGCGAAAAAGAAGAUUGCUGAUAGACGGGAUCAAGAAAAGAAAGCAUUUUCAAGGAUGUUUCAGUAGACUAAGAUUUAAGCAUGGAUUUACAGGUUCACAUUUGCACCAGUUAUAUUACGUAAACCUCAAGUUAGACUCAUUGGCUAGAGCUUGUUAUAUUCAAGAUACAUCAGGCUUUGUUGGAGAUAUUGGAAGCAGCAGUAAGAACAUAAUGCCUGGUUAAAUUUUGUUCCGGAACACUAUUUUUUCUUGACAAGUGCAAUAUAUGAGUUUAAAUACGCUUAUCGAUGAAUAUGGGGUUUAUUGAAAUAUGAAACAUAUUGUGUGCGAGAUGACUUUAUUUUGAGAUAAUGGAUCGUUUUUGCGUA